CCAUCAAGACUAGGGUGGUUAAAUGUAUUGAGACAUCCAUAUUGGCGUGUGAAUAUUGACACGGGAGGAUGGCCAAACACAUCUCCCUGAAGCUGAUCUCCAUAGACAGCGGACACGGAGAUGAUCCCAUUAGCGCUGGCUGCGGCGGCACAUGCUCAGUUAUGCUUGUUGAAGGGGAUCUCAGUAGGCUGUGCGUGAACACUGAGGUCAUCGCCUGCGCUGAGGAAAAAAUACUCAGCGCAGCCUCCAUUUUGAGUAGUAUGAAAUAGAGGAAAGCAUAGUUUUGAGCCGCCGCCGCCGCAGCAAACAAACUGUAAACACUAGCGAAACAGCCUCUGCCAUGGACGACCUGUUCAGUCCGCGAAGGCAGCUGAACAGCACACAAGGAGAGAUUCGAGUGGGACCAAGUCAUCAGGCUAAGCUACCAGAAUUACAGCCGCCACCUGCUCACGGAGCAGAAUCCGUCACAGAAAAUGAGGAGCUGGUGUGGGCACCUGGGGUCAAUGACUGUGACCUUCUCAUGUACCUGCGGGCUGCUAGGAGCAUGGCAGCUUUUGCAGGGAUGUGUGAUGGAGGUUCAACGGAGGACGGUUGUCUUGCAGCUUCGCGGGAUGAUACCACAUUAAAUGCUUUAAAUACGCUCCAUGAAAGCCAAUACGAUGCAGCCAAAGCCCUGCAGUGUCUGGUGAAGAAACCAGUUCCAAAACUCAUUGAGAAAUGCUGGUCAGAAGAUGAAGUGAAACGGUUUAUCAAAGGUCUCAGACAGUAUGGGAAAAACUUCUUCAAGAUCCGUAAGGACCUGCUACCUAGUAAGAAAACGGGUGAGCUGAUCACAUUCUACUACUACUGGAAGAAAACUCCCGAAGCCGUGGCAUCACGACCUCAUCGGCAGCAGAGAAGACAGCCGGUGUCUCGCAAAGUGAAAACUCGCAACGCGACAGCUGCAGCCAAUGCAACAUCUCGCACUUCUUCCAUGGAGCUUAGCUCAGCGAGUGAGGAUGAUCUGGACAGUGAGGACAGUGAGCAGGGUGGCAAAGGUCAAGCCUGCAGUCACUGUCUUACCACUAACUCCAAAGACUGGCAUCAUGGAGGGAGAGACAAUGUCUUGCUGUGUUCUAGUUGCCACUCUCACUUCAGCAAGCAUCGGCGCCUGCCACCUGUUCCCAAACCAGCAGAUCCGCCCUACCUCUUCAAACCUGUCAAAGAGGAGGAAGAGGGAGUCAGACAUGGAAUGAAGACCCGUCGGAGCCGAGUGCCACCCCACAUGUCAUCCCUUCGAAGUGGGCGCAACAGACCAACUGGAAGUCCUGACAGGGGCAUGUCUCCCACCCUUGAGGAUGUGCGAUCUAAUGGACAGUCCCCCAGAGCCAGUUCCACUGCUAUGGCAACCAGGGCUUCCAGCUCUGACAUCAAAAAUGGAGUGGCUGGGAAGACCAACAAGCAGAAGAUAAAAGUAGAGGCAUCUAUAGUAAAAGGUGUGAAAAGACAGAGAGAGUCAGCUCCUCCAGAUGCUGAUGAGCCAGAAAGGAAAAACAUGAAACGACCCAAGAAUCAGGAGGGUGCUGAUUCCCCAUCAGAAGGUGAGGGUGAAGGCGAGAGCUCCGAUAGCCGCAGUGCCAACGAUGAUGGCAGCAGUGAUGCUAAAGACAUCGAUCAGGACAACCGCAGCUCUUCCCCAAGCUUGGCCAGUCCCCUGCAGGCCAACGAAAGUGACUCAGACUCCCCAGCACCGCCCCCUGCACCAGGCCCAACCCCACAAACCCAACCCCAGCAGCCAGUUGCAACCCCCACAACACACGCCCCCUCUGAAACGCCACCAUCUCCUCAGCCCUCUCUGCCUGCAUCCUCAUCCGCACCUUCACCUGGAGCAUCUACUGCCACCUCAAAGGCACCACCUGUAGAGGUUUCCCAGGAGGUUCCAUCUCCAACCGCUUUCAGAACCGGUCCAAGGGGACCCGAAGCCCCCACCUCUUAUUCAAACUCCUCGUCUCAGCAGGUGCAGUGUCCAGGGCAGGGGCAGUCGUUCCCGGUGCCGCCCCAUUAUCAGCACAAUCCAGGUCAGCUGCAGAAUCCUUCAUCUGGGCCGAAUCAGCCACCAGGGUUUGCUUCCAGACCGCUGCACCUUCAAAGAGAGAGCCCACUUCCUCCUCUUCCCCCUACAGCAGCAUCACAAAUCAAGCCUCCUCCGACCACUCCGAUUCCACCUUCUCACAAGCAGCCCCUUCACCUUUCUGCACCUCCACCCCAUUUCCUGCAGAUCCACCCCAAUUUGCCUCCACCUCCUGCUCUAAAACCGCUUGCUUCCCUGCCAUCACAGCACUUGCCUUGUUCCCAGCCUCCUCCAUUGCAUAUAAUUCCGCAAAAUCACCCCACUCAGCCUUCCGUUCUCGCUCAGCCUUCCGUUCUCACUCAGUCGCAGAGCCAACAGGUCAAAAGUCACACUAGUGGUGCUCCUCCGGCUCCAGCGAGUUCUCACCCAGCGCUCCCACAAAAUCGCCCUGCUCCUGAGUCCACUGCUUCAUUCCCUCUUUACAAUUCUCCCAUCCCUGCCCAUCAGCCCUCCGUGUCCUCCUCAGCAAGCACUCCUGUUGGACCGGCUCAUAUCAAAGAGGAGCCAAUUGAUGAGGAGGAGGAGUGCGACAGCCCGCCUCCCCCUCGCAGGAGUCCCUCUCCAGUACCGACAGUUGUUGACAUACCCAGUCAUGCAAGUCAGUCAGCAAGAUUCAUCAAACACCUCAAUCGAGGUUACAACUCUUGCUCUCGCACAGACCUGUACUUCACACCGUUGGCCUCCUCGAAACUGGCUAAAAAACGAGAGGAAGCUGCUGAAAGAUCCAGAAGAGAAGCAGAGCUGAGCGCUCGACAGGGACGGGAGAGAGAAAGAGAAAGAGAGCGGGAGAGGGAGAGGGAGAGGGAGAGAGAAAGAGAGCGGGAACGAGAAAGGGAGAGAGACUCCGAUAAAGCCUCUCGUGCUUCAAGCUCAUCCCACGAUGGCCGAAUAGGUGAACACCUGCUUGCUGCCCAUGUGCAACCAGGCCGUCCGUCAUUCGAACCUCCUCCCCCGACCACCGUGGCUGCAGUUCCACCAUAUCUCGGCCCUGACACUCCAGCCCUCCGCACACUCAGCGAGUACGCCCGCCCUCACGUCAUGUCGCCCACCAACCGCAACCAUCCUUUCUUCAUGCCACUCGGGCCAGGUGAGCACCUGUUGGCCUAUCACAUGCCGGGUCUCUACGCAGCAGACCCAGCCCUUCGAGAGCGAGAGCUCCGUGAGCUUCGAGAGAGAGAGAUCAGAGAAAGAAUGAAGCCUGGAUUUGAGGUGAAACCGCCAGAGCUGGAGAACCCGCUACAUCCGUCAGCAAAUCCCAUGGAGCAUUUUGCCCGCCAUGGAGCCCUGCCUCUGCCUCAUGUGGCUGGGCCUCACCCCUUCGCCCAAUUCCACCCAGCCAUGGACCGAAGCGUAGCGGCACCCCCUCGGCCGGAAAUCAGCUACGCUGAGCGGUUGACAGCUGAGCGGCUCCAUGCUGAAAGAAUGGCCUCUGUUGCUGCUGGUGACCCUGUUGCACGGCUACAGAUGCUCAAUGUUACACCACACCACCACCAGCACUCACAUAUACACUCCCAUCUUCAUCUGCACCAACAGGACCCUCUCAACCAAGGCCAAGGGCCUCAUCCUCUGGUGGACCCAUUGGCUGCUGGCCCCCCUCUGGCACGAUUCCCCUACCCACCUGGUGCAAUCUCCAACCCCCUACUCAGUGAGUUACCCCAUGAGCAUGAAAUGCUCCGCCACCCUCUGUUUGGAGCACCAUUCCCCAGAGAGUUACCAGGACCCCUGGCUCCGAUGUCGGCUGCGCAUCAGUUGCAGGCGAUGCAGGCACAGUCAGCAGAGCUGCAGAGGCUGGCCCUGGAGCAGCAGUGGCUACAUGGACAUGCACACUUACAUAGUGCACCUCUCCCCAGUCAAGAAGACUACUACAGAUUCUGCAAGGUGUAUGUACGCUUUUGACUUCAACUCCGUCUGAAGAAAGAGGGAGACAAGCAGUCCUGAAAUGAACAAAUUCUCCACUGUGGAUUACAGAGUGAUUCUGUGUUCAGGGUAUUAGGCCUUUUAUUUCAGAAAACCCAGCAUGGGUUUAUCCCUGUUUUGGCACUUAUAAACGUUUGACCGACUCCUUUGUGCUGUAUGAAAUAACUAGCCUUUUGGAGCACACUGAAUUUGCUUUCCUUGCAUGAACACUAUUUAGAAAUUUCUGUAAUUUAGAAGUUUCUGUAAGAAAUGAAAUUCCCAUGUAACGUCGUUAUUGUGCUGAAAGCACAAUACUGUAGAUUUACUAAGUAUUUGAAAAGUGCUGUCCAAUAUCCAGAGUUUAUCACAAUUUAGUUUCAAAGUUUAUUGAAACAUUUGUUUUGAGAUUGUAAAUAUUAUAUGUUUAAAAUAAUAUAUUAACUGUUGCAAUGAUAGAUUUGGAUACAAAACCUUCAUAUGACCUGUGUGCAAGAAUUGCAUGCUUUACAUACUUUAUCCUUCCCUUUCUCUGACAGCCUCUUCAUCUAUACCUCAGAGUGCUCAUCAAUUUACAGCAAAACCCACCUGUAGUAAACUCCACAUUACCAUAUUCUUUUAUGAAUAUUUUCUUUUAUAUUCUUUUUUGAUUUAAUAAUGUAGACCAAAUGCAGGCUGAGUAUUAGCAUGCUGACUGUAGUGUUGAUCUUUCCCUGUCUGGAGAACAGUCGCUUUACUGCCGUAGAUAUACGUUGCUGUGGAACUGAUCAGACCGACAGUCACCUGCUUGCAGUGUUGUCCGCCAUGCUUAAAGACACGAUUUGAUAGAGCAGUUCCAGGGUCACUCUUACUUCACCCCUUACAUUUAUACAGGGGUACAUGCAGUUAGCAAUAAAUGCAUAUGGCAUAUUUAAUGGUAUCCUCACUACCAGCUUCUAACUAGCAUAUGCACUUGGCCAAUUAAACAACCGGGCUACUGUUUAGUAAGUUACGUUUUCAUAGUUAGGCUGGUUGGGAAAGAGCACAGCAUUCUCACAAAAAAGAUGGAAUUAAUUAUAAACCCAAUAGAAAAAGUAACUUUGUGACGGUUUAAUGCAAUACAAGUAAGUGUAUUGUUGUGCACUACUAUUAAUUGUUGAAAUAACAAUAGAAAACAUGAAAUGGAGUGCCAUUGUUUUGUAUGUGUCAAGAAGACAUGAGUGUUAUCUGUAAUGCCGUUGUUGUGGAACUUUGAUGGGUCACUUUUUCCAAAACUGCCAAAAAGUCAUUAUUUUCUUCGAAUUAACACUAAACAUUUGUACUAGCAUUUUACAAAGUAUAUGGAUAUUUUUAAUGAGAAAAAAUACGUUCUCAUUUUAGUAUCCAUGGCUUUAUGUCUUUACAUGCACAGUGUUGUCUGGUUGCUAUUACCUUAUAGUUAGAAUUUUUUCAGAACUCAUUUCAAUGAUGAAUGCAUGAUUAUUACAAACAGCUUUAAUCAUUUUACUCAUCCAUUAAUGUCAUAUGAACUUAAUUUUUUUUGUAAGCGUAAUUUGUGAGGCUGUUUCAUAUACACUGAUCACACUGACAUCAGUCUUCGCUUAUGUGUGAUAGAAAUAUUUGACACUCAGCAGCAGUCAUUUUUCUGGCACUUUCUGAUACCUCCUUAACUUCCAACUAUAUUUUAUGUGCAAAUUUAUAUUCUUCAUAAAAUGUGCUCAGAUCUGUUUCCUCAAAAACUAUAUGAGCUUUUUUUAAGCUUUGGCCGCAUGAUGUUUUUGCAUUAAUAGAUACAUCUAGAGUGAUUAUCAUUGAAAAUGUUUUUUUUUAUAUGUACACUGCAAAAUAGUUUACUUGUGAAUUACAUAAAUAUGUAUAGCACAGCUUGAGUCCUGAAUAUAACUGACGCAAACCAACUUACCAGUGUCAUUUCUGGUCCAUACCAACAUAAUAUCUAAAGCAAUAUAUGUCUUCUAACUGAACAAGUGUUUGUACGGAAAAAAAACUAAUGUUUCCUCCUUUGCUUUGUAUGCUUUUCUUUAACAAAAUUGUCCUUUGAUAAGUUAUUUAUUGAUUGAACACCUAUUUUGUAACAUGAAUAUAUUAAACAUGAAAAUAUUAGACUGUUAGUAAAUAUGGAAUACAAUCUAAUAUGUGUAUUUACUAAAGUGUUUGUUGUGAAUUUGUGCAAAAUUAACCCUUUCCUGUACACUGGCCCCUUGUGAGAAAUCCUCAGAAAGCUCUAAUACUAGAUUUUUAUGGUUCAUCCUUCUUUUACGUAUCGCCGCAAGUACUGGAUAGCAGAUAUCGCGCUCACGUUUGCCAGAAGAGCUGAGAAACAAUAGAGGGAGAAAAAGGAUCAUGUUAAUUUUGUGUGCUCAUAUUAUCUGAAUAAAUUGCCUAAUUUAAUA